CGCGCCGUGACGCCUAUGUCACCGCUGCCAUGGCUGUGGCUGUGGGCCCUCACCGCGCACGCCGCGCACGCCGCCAACUACUGCAGCAUCUGUCCGGAGCACACCAUGUGCAUCUACAAGAGUUCGGGGGGCCCCGCGUCGCGGUGCCACGGCCUGUUCUCACGCGACUUGACGCCCGACGAGGCGCAGGCCGCGCUGCACACGCACAACGCCGUGCGCAACAAGGUGGCCGCCGGCGAGGAGCGGCGCGGCCGGUUCGGCCAGCCGCAGCCCCCCGCCGCCAACAUGCACCGCCUGCACUGGGAUGAAGAGCUGGCGGCGUUUGCGCGGCGCUGGGCGUCGCAGUGCGUCUUUGACCAGGACACCUGCCGAACCAGCGCCGACGGUACCCCGGUCGGCCAGAACAUCUACAUGCAGGUGCUGCCCCUCGGCCACGCGCAGCACUCCACCGUCAGCACGGCCAUGGCGGUGCACAAGUGGCUCGACGAGGUCAACGAGCACGACGGCCACCUCAGCAGCGCGCCCUACACGUACCACGUCCCCACGUGGCACUACACCAACCUGGUGUGGGGCCGGUCGACGCGCCUCGGCUGCGGCUUCGCGGACUACAUCGCGGCCGGCGGCCUGAACGCGCGCCUCAUCGUCUGCAACUACAAGGAGGGCGGCAACGUGGUGGGCAGCCCAACGUACUUGACGGGUAGGCCGGCGACGCAGUGCGGCGGGGUGCCCUCCCACACCCCCGGGACAGCUGCGCCGGCUGACGCCGUGGUCGCGGACGGCGCGGAGUACGCGGCCACGACAACCUCGUGGUGGCAGGUGUUCCCGUGGCUGCCCACUCCACACGACGACGAGGUGAACAGGCUACUAUGUACUGUAUUUAAUAAAUUUAAGAAUGUGGUACUGACUGAAGUAGCCCAGCUCUUCCAGAUUCUGUAGAUACAUUGUUCUUGUUACAAAAGAAUAUAUAAUGCAAAGAUUUGUA